CUGAUUGUGUUGCUUAUGUAUUAUUAAUUUUAUGUAAAAGACAUAUUCAUGACUGAUAAAGGUCAACUCAAGCAAUGGCAAUGAGUAGCUGGACACUCUUUCUCUUCUCUUUGAUGGUAGUACUUUGUUCUGCAAAGCUACCAAUGUUCUCAUGGGAUACAUUACCAGUGUUCUUUCAUUCUUGCAAUGUAACUGGCUUAUAUUCUGAGGAAUCAAUCAAAACCAUUGCCAAGUUCCAAAUGGUUACUAUUGAGAAGUCACAAAGUCACCUUGUCUCUGGAGUAGAUGAUGAAGAUGACAUGAUGCGUGUCAUGAAAAUGGUAAAGGAUGUCAAUCCAAAUGCUGCCACAUACUUCUACAUGCCAUCAUUUAAAGUUCAUCCUCAAAUGUCAAAAAUGACAAGAGAACUAGAUCAGCAUCCAGACUGGUACCUAAGAGACAGUAAUGGAACUAAAGUUAGAAAUAGACAAGGUUAUUAUGCAUUUGAUGUAUCUAAACCUGAUCUAAGACAGUGGUGGAAAAACUUUUGUCUCAAUGCUCUUAAAGUUACGAAUGGCGAUGGAUGUUAUUCUGACUCAUCCCAACGCUAUAAUACAACUUUCAAGCCGCCAUUGUCACCAGAGAAGGAGAAGGCAUGGGGAGAUGGUCUACUCGAACUUUCUAAAGAAGUACAACAGGCUUUAGGGGAUGACAGACUGCUCAUUGGGAAAGUUGCUAAUCAGUCGUAUGUCAAAGCAGUUCAAAUUGAAUACUUUUAUGCACGUAAUUCUUCAAUAGUUGAGCUAAUGCUUGCUGUUGAAGUUGGACAGGUUGUACAAGCUCAUGUACCAAUCACACAAAACUGUUGUGAUGACAUAACUAAUUUUGAAGCUGCUUUUCUCAUUGGAGCUGGAAAAUAUAGCUACUUUGGAUGUGGCAUAUGGAGUACUCCAAAUGAUGACACUAAUGCAUUUAUCUGGAGACCAGAAUAUGAUAAGCCACUGGGAGCUCCUAAUGGUCCUGCUACUUACAAGAAUGGUGUCUGGAGGAGAGAAUUCUCUCGUGGAACAACUGUUGAGUUUGAUACAAGCACUAACACUGGAACUAUAAAAUGGGGGACUUAGUCAACUGUAUAGCUACUUUUAUUCAUU